AUGUCUGCUCCAGCUCAAAACUACAAAGUUGCCGACGUUUCCUUGGCUGCCUUCGGCAGAAAGGACAUUGAAUUGUCCGAAAACGAAAUGCCUGGUUUGAUGUACAUCAGAAAGAAGUACGGUGCUGACCAACCAUUGAAGGGUGCCAGAAUCGCCGGUUGUUUGCACAUGACCAUCCAAACCGCUGUCUUGAUCGAAACCUUGACUGCCUUGGGUGCUGAAGUCACCUGGACUUCCUGUAACAUCUUCUCCACCCAGGACCACGCUGCUGCUGCCAUUGCUGCUUCUGGUGUCCCAGUUUUCGCCUGGAAGGGUGAAACCGAAGAGGAAUACCAAUGGUGUCUCGAACAGCAAUUGUUUGCUUUCAAGGACAACAAGAAGUUGAACUUGAUUCUCGACGACGGUGGUGACUUGACCUCGCUCGUCCACGAGAAGUACCCAGAAAUGUUGGAGGACUGUUACGGUUUGUCUGAGGAAACCACCACUGGUGUCCACCACUUGUACAAGGCCUUGAAGGAAGGUAAGUUGAAGGUCCCAGCCAUCAACGUCAACGACUCCGUCACCAAGUCCAAGUUCGACAACUUGUACGGUUGUCGUGAAUCUCUUAUCGAUGGUAUCAAGAGAGCCACCGACGUUAUGAUUGCCGGUAAGGUCGCUGUCGUCGCUGGUUUUGGUGAUGUCGGUAAGGGUUGUGCCAUGGCCUUGCAAGGUAUGGGUGCCAGAGUCAUCAUCUCUGAAAUCGAUCCUAUCAACGCUUUGCAAGCUGCUGUCUCCGGUUUCCAGGUUGCCCCAUUGGACGAAGUUGCCAGCAUUGGUCAAAUCUUCGUCACCACCACCGGUUGUCGUGACAUCAUCACUGGUAAGCACUUCUCUGUUAUGCCAGAAGACGCCAUUGUUUGUAACAUUGGUCACUUCGACAUUGAAAUCGAUGUCGCUUGGUUGAAGGCUAACGCCAAGUCCGUUGUCAACAUCAAGCCACAAGUCGACAGAUACUUGAUGGAAUCCGGUCGUCACGUUAUCUUGUUGGCUGACGGUAGAUUGGUCAACUUGGGUUGUGCCACUGGUCACUCUUCCUUCGUCAUGUCCUGUUCCUUCUCCAACCAAGUCUUGGCUCAAAUUGCUUUGUACAAGGCCAACGACAAGGAAUUCAGAGACAAGUACCCAGAAUUCGGUAAGGCUGCCAACUUCGACGUUGGUGUCCACUUGUUGCCAAAGAUUUUGGAUGAAACCGUCGCCAGAUGUCACUUGGACCACUUGGGUGCCAAGUUGACCACCUUGACUGACGUUCAAUCCGAAUACUUGGGUAUCUCCAAGGAAGGUCCAUUCAAGCCUGAAAUCUACAGAUACUAG